AUUCAGAAGUUACUUGGAACGAGACUUCAACGGAAAGGACCCAUCCGGCAAGCAAGCAGCAGCUUCCAACGACAGACACCUGCCCGACUUAUAGGUCGAUGCGCGAGCAAUGCCUGAGGAUGAAGUCUGUCGACGGGUACUGGCAAGAUGGAUUCAAAGACCACAUGCCAGAACGAGACUUCAACGGAAAGGGUUGGGGUAUCAACCCCAAGGCGAAGGGCAGCAACGCGUCAGCACUCACAGGAGAGAAUUGCGUUAUGUGGAUGUCGGAGCAUUCUGACAUCGGUCCCGAUGGGAAGUUGGUCACGAUGACGUGCGGUUGCGACCCGGUGAAGGCCUUAAAGCAUAACUGUAGGGGGUGCGGGUGCAAAUGGCGCAAGUGCUCCCUUGCUUGCGGCUGCAGGGGCCGUUGCCAUUUGGGUCGCAAGCUUGUACCCGGUGCACCGACCCGCCAGGCCACGUACACCGGUCCUGCCGGUGCUGCACACUCCGCAGUCGUUGACAGCGCCAUGACGGCUCUUCUGGCGUCCCGGAACGCUAGAACGGACGAGGAAGAGGAAGACCCGGACGAUCCCGGUUCGGACGAUGACGACACCGGCCGUUCGGACAGUGACUCGGACGAUUUUCUGGAGCUGGAAGCGGAAGAGUCGGCUGACAGCGACUUAGACUCUGAUGAGUCCGACCCUGGGUGGGGCGGUGUCGGUGAGGUCAACGCUCAGGACGAUGCAAACUCUGAGGGCGAAGCAUGGUUCUGACCGAGUUUCAUCAGGUGUGUUUGGCCAUCCUAUCGCUAUUCAUUUUUCUUCUUGUGUAGACAUGUGCGAGUGUUGAUGUCGCCUAUAUUUUGUUCGUCGCCUAGUGAUCAUGUUGGUGUAUCGCGCCGGUGCCAUACCGAGCCCACAAGAUGCGGUCUGCGUAUCGUGUUUCAGGACUUACUGGCUUCGACCCCCUGCUUGGGU